GUUAUCAUACACUAUCUCUAUUUGCGUAGGUAAAUUUUAUCGAUUAGUAUCGACAAAUUAUUUGCGGUGGGUCGAGUAGGUAUAUAUUUUCAAAUACAAUUAAAAAAAUAUUUUUUGGUUGGUUAUUAGAUUGUGAAUAUACAAGAGCUGUAACAUUAUGGUAGACAAGGAAGAUAUCAAGAUUAGACGGGCGCGUGCUGAUGAAGAAAACGCAGUUCGAGAUCGUCUUCGAGCAUCCUUUUACAAACAAGAACCUACUUGUGCAUCUCUUGGAGUAGUAACGGAAGAACGACCAAUUUGUCCCGAUUUGGAGUCGUAUACACUACAGUAUUUUAAUAAAGGUUUAAAUCUUAUUGCAGAAUAUAAUGGACGGAUUGUGGGAGUUUGUCUUACUGCACUAUUGGAAAAAGAUAAAUAUGAGUUCGAAGAAUACCCUGUAACGGACAAAAAAUUUGAAAAAAUCUUACGAAUGUUAGAGUACGCAGAAAGGAAAGGUGAUCUCUUCAACAGAUUUCCCGAAGUUAAUAAAAUACUCUCUAUUGUUGUCCUAUCUGUUGAUGCAUCUCUUAGAGGCAAAGGAAUUGCAAAGAAGCUUACCAAUGAAUCAAAACAACUGGCCAAAGAACAUGGAGCCCAAAUGAUGUUUCUGGAAUGCAGUAGUUUCUUUUCAGCUGCUGUGGCCAAAUCUUUGGGAUACGAGUUAAUAUGGUCAAUGGAUUACGAAAACUACAAAGUUAAUGGUGAAGUAGUACUAAAGCCUGCUCAUCCCCAUAAAGCAGUGCAACUAUUUGUGUAUAAACUGUAAUAUAAUUAAUUUAAAGUGGGGGAAGUCAAGCCGAAUGUCAAUAAUGUAAAAUAUUUACUGAAAAAGUAAUAAAUAAUAAAAAAACUA